CUCGCCGCGGCGCGCUGACGCCAUCGGGCCGCGCCGGCGCGCGUGCGCACGGCGCCUCCCUGGCGGCGCGGCCCGGCGCGGCGCGCGGGCGAGUGUUUCUGAAAUGCGGCGCUGACCUCCAGCCCGUUGCGGCCGCGGUCCUCCUUUCCCCGCAGAGGCAGCUGCACGAUGGCAGCCCGCCUGGUGCGGAAGUGCUGUUGGCGGCACGUCGGUGCCUUCGUCUCUGCCCCCUCGGCAGCCCCAGCCCCUCUGCUCGUGUCAGCUGGGAAGAUGGCGAUGGCGAGAGCUCUCCCUCAAGCACCUUUCGCUGCAUUUCACGCAAGUCCGUUCAGCCGGGCGGAUGGAUUCUCGGUCAAAGAGCGGCUGGAAGACAACAGAAACCCAGAGCACAGAGUGAUCAGUGAACUCAUUGAAACAGCUACGAGUCCUCAAGAACUCUUGCAGCUGAACGAACUUCACUCUCUAAAUAGCAACCAAGCCUCACUAGUAAUUACUCAGCUUUCCCGGCUUGCAGCAGAAAAAAACCUGGAGACAGAUAGCAUUUUGCAAGAUGAACGCUUCCGACAGCUCAUCGUCCUCACCGAUUCUCAGAUUUCUCAGGUGUGGAAUAACACCCUGGUGAACCUCCUAAAGAGCCUGUACUCCCUAGGGGUGGACAGCGGCAGAAAGGAGAUGCAGUCGGUGGAGCACGAGGUGCUGUGGCGGCUGAGGCGCCUCAGCUUCAGGCAGCUCACCUCCCUGGCCGAGUUCCUGGCCCUCAAGCAGGGCAAGGACAGCAAGCUGCUGAGCGAAGUCAUGAAGAAGCUGGAGCUGCGUUGGACGGAGCUCGAGGGCACCAAAACCGUGGUGAUACUGAUGUCCAGGAUCGGGCACAUCUCGCCAGCUCUGAUGGACCGGCUGGAGGACAAGGCUCUGGAACUUGCUGAACAAUUCAACCCUGAUGAUAUCCGGAAAAUAACCCUGGCGUUAGCGUACCAGAACCGGCGCUCCGUGCCGCUGCUCCGGGCCCUGUCGUACCACCUGGUUCAGAAGCACUCGGAGCUCAGCCUCAACGUUUUGAUGGACCUCAUCUUUGCCUAUGGAAAACUGAAUUUCCACCAGCCCCAGGUCUUCCAGAAGAUAGCCACUGACCUGCACCCCCACGUGUCCACGAUGACACCCCUCGAGGUGACCCGCUGCAUCAGGUCCUUCGCCCUCCUCAAGUGGCUCAACCUGCCGCUCUUUGAGGCCAUCGCGCAGUAUGCGCUGGACAAUGCCAAAGAGCUAUCGGUCCCCCAUCUGUGCAGUAUCAUCCUGUCUUUUGCCCGCCUGAACUUCCAGCCCAGCGGAAGCGAGGACUUCUUUAGCAUGGUCCACGAGAAGCUGCAGGGCCAGCUGGACGGCCUGGACGCCCACGUGCUGGUGGACCUGGUGUGGUCGCUGUGCGUGCUGCAGCAGGCCAGGGCUGCCUACCUGCAGAAGGUGCUGGCACCCGCCUUCCACGCUGAGCUGCGAGGCGAUCAGUCCCCCAAGGGCCACAACUCGCGGCUGAAGCUCGUCCACAUCAACGCUGCCGCCCGGCUGGAAAGCCCCGACUACCGGGGGCCGUUCCUGCCCGCGGAGGUGCUGAGCGCCGCGGGCCACGCCGGGGAGAAGGUCACCGUGCUGCAGAGCGGCCUGGAAGAGGCGCUGGCGGCGGUGCUGGGGAGCAGGGACAACGGGCGCUUCGACGUGCGCACCGUCUACGGCUGGCGGAUCGAUGCCGAGAUGCUGGUGAACGGUGAAAACAAGCCGCUGCCCCUGAAGGGCUUCGCCGCUCCCCAUCUGCUCCGCUCGGAAGGGACAAAGGCGCUGCCGCCGGGUGCCAGGAGGGUCGCCUUCCUCAAGUGGGAGUUCCCCAACUUCAGCAACAGGAGCAAGGACCUGCUGGGCCGCUGCGUCAUGGCCCGGCGCCACGUCCAGGCGGCCGGAUUCCUCGUCAUAGACGUUCCCUACUACGAAUUCCUGGAGCUGAAGUCGGAGCGGCAGCGGACGGCCUACCUCAAGGACAAGCUGCGCAAGGCCGCGGCCGAGGAGCUGGCGAGCUAGCGGCGAGGCCGGGCGCCCGCCGGGAGCGAAACGCGUCUGAAUAAAGCGACUGCUGUACAGUG